UUUGUCGAUUAUUUUUAAGAACUCCCCACAGCCUUUUAUUUCCACUAAUUUAAAAUUAUUUUUAAAAAUGUGUGCCGCUUAUGCAGUAAUGCAUGGUGGACCUGUACUUAGGCCAGACCAAAUGGAGAAAAAUAUUCGGCAACGAUUACCUGAGUUGCCUCGCCGUAUUGUCCCCGUCUCUUCAACAGACGAUUUAUCAUUAAAAUUGGUAAACGCAAAACCUGUCUGGUCUUUGUUAAAUUCUGCAAAUUGGCAUUCUUACUGGCCCUAUCGAUAUUUAUCUGAUCCUUAUUCUCAUGAAAUGUAUUGGCAUGACCCUUACAGUCUACACUCUCCCCUACACAAACGGCAACUUUUUGGGAAGAAUAAACCGAAUGUUGAUUAUAUAGCAAAUAAUCAUUACUGGAAUUAUCCCUAUCCUUAUUGGGCUCGUUAUCGUGUUAUGACUACGCAAAUCCUUCAUUUUAUUCGAAGGAGUACGACUUGAAUUAUUUUGA